CUGCUGCUCCUCCACUCGCUGAGGUCUCAUCUUCGUUUCCAAGACAUCGUUACUCUUUUCUUGUCAUUCUCUCAUCUAACCGCGUCCCUCAUUAUCGUCCAGCAACUACGUCGGUCGUUUUUUUCCACCUCCGUAUCCAUCGCCUUUUCCUCUCGUUCCUGUCAAUUAGCCCCUUGCAACGACUCGCACCCACCACGAAAUCCUCACUCCGCUGAUUGCUCGUGAGAAAAACACAUCCGAUUCCGGCCUUUGUACCUGGUAUUCAGCGUCGCGUUAUCUCAAAAGCCCCUUGAACUUGCCCUCUUAAGGGCAACUAGCCCAACAUGGGCUUCGGUUCCUUCGACUCGAUCUGCAGACAGUCUGCGCUCCCUCUUUGUUACAUCUUGGGUCCUCCCGCCGAGUUCACAACAGCCAAAAAUCCUGUCCUGUUGCCAGGAUGCAGUGCACGAUCCAUCGAACUCGCCAACACGAUCAUCUUCCAAGCCGCCACCGACUUCGCCCACAUUGCAGCCCUCUCCAUGACCGCCAUUAUGAUCCUCCAUGUUCGGUCCAAAUUCACAGCAGUCGGGAGGAAAGAGAUCUUGACAUUCUUUUACAUAUACAGCCUGUUGACCAUCAUUAGCCUGGUGCUGGACGCAGGUGUGAUUCAGGCAACAAGUGGGAGUGCCUAUCCGUGGUUCGUGGCGGUGCAGAAUGGUCUUGCGACUGCACUCUGCACGAGUCUGUUGAUCAAUGGCUUUGUUGGGUUUCAGCUUUACGAGGAUGGAACCACACUCUCGGUUUGGCUGCUGCGACUCAGCAGUCUAAUCAUGUUCUUCAUCAGCUUUGCGGUCAGUCUGCUCACUUUCAAAGGCUGGGCUGGCUUGUCGCCGACUAACACGACGGGCCUCUUUGUCGUUCUGUAUGUCAUCAACGCCAUCUUCCUUGCGGUAUACUUUGUCAUGCAGGUCAUCCUUGUUGUCAACACUUUGCAGGACCGGUGGCCGUUAGGUGAUCUCGCUUUCGGGUCAUUUUUCUUCGUCAUUGGCCAAGUCAUUCUAUAUGUGUUUGGUAAGAGGAUCUGCGAGGGAGUCAGCCACUAUCUGGACGGCUUGUUUUUUGCCACGGUGUGCAAUCUAUUGGCAGUCAUGAUGGUGUACAAGUAUUGGGACAGCAUCACCAAAGAAGAUCUCGAGUUCAGUGUCGGCACAAAGCAGGGCCACUGGGAGGUCAAAGAAGCACUGCUCGACCCUUCGAAUGAAGAUUAUCGAGCUAGUUUUUAUGGAGGUGGAAAUGCCCCCACCGGGAGAGAGUCAGUGUACGAUGCUAGCAGUAUGAGCAUGGACUAUGCGCCACAAGUGCCGGCUCACUUCCAUCAACAUCCGUCGAUUAGCCAGCAAUAUGGCAGCCAACAGUCUCACAGCCAGAGUCACCAAUACUCCUCGAGCCGAGAUCGGUUGUCUGCGUAUGGACAUCUAACUGAAGGAAGACAAAGCUAUGGAGAUAUAAGAAGACAACUGCCGAGUUAUGAGGAUUACUCGGAUUCACAAACGCAACCUUCAGGGUUGAGGAGUCGUGACGGUGCACGGGAGAGGGAAAGAGAGUACGCCUACUGACCGGAAGUUACAGUUAGAUGGUUCGACUGGCAGUAAACGAAGCGGUUACUGCCUUGGUUCUUUCGGUUGCGGGCGCAUAUUUCAUCAGCAUUACCGUGCCACAGGAGGUCGAUGGUCUGCCAUGCGCAGAAGGAGUUUGACCCCCCCAAAAAACAUAUAAUAAAUGGCCGGUUUUCGCGGCAUGGCUCUAAUGAGGUGAUCUAGACGUGGACGGCGGGCCACCGGGCAUGAUGGCAACAUGGCGGGAAUCAAUGCAGGGUGGUUUUGUAGCAUAAGUCACAGGGAGGCAUGGCAAAUAACGACUCUAUAUAUGUAGGAUUUUUGUAAUCUGCACAACCCGUUCAAGCCCGAGCGAGAGGCGCUUGUCGUCUGAUUCCCCCAAUCUGUUACCGAUAGUUGGCU